AUGCAGCCGAUCGUCGUCGUUUGCCUUCUCGUCGCCAUUUCGACCGUACUCAGCCAGUACGACAUGCAAAAGUGCGAAUACACCAAGUGUCAUAGUAUGUUGACGAAAGGCAAAUGUCGACCGCAUACGUAUCUCGUGCAAUGGGACUAUUGCGAUUAUUCGACGUUUCUCACCAAAAAGGAGUUGUGCUGUGAGGCAAAGAAAGUCAAAAAAUGCCGACGCACGGUGUGCCAUUCGACGUUCGACAGCAACUUUUGCGCCGAGAACGAGUUCGUCAGCGAAUGGGAGCGUUGCGGGCUGUUCUCGAAGAGCGAGCUGUGCUGCCGACUGCAAUACGAGCAAUGA